AACCAAUUAAAUAAAAGUCGAUUUUAUAUCAGUAAUGUCACAUCCCUAGCACUGCCUGCAUAUUUUGACAGCUGACGGGUGUGGCACUAUACCUACGCUAACGAACUAAAUUUAGAUUAACAACAAACAAUCAAACAAUACGGAUAGCUCUUGGAUGUCGAAAAAAAUAAUAUUUAUAUAGAAUACACGUGUCUUCAUGUAACUGAUUAAUUCUCAAUAGCAAUGGCUUCAUAUCACAGGAGUGCCUUUAUGGUUGUGUCUAUUUUACUUUCAUUUUGGAGAGUUCUUAGUUUAGAGUGUUAUGUCUGUAAUGACCAGGAAGAUAACACAGAAAAGUGUGUGAAAACGAUUAAAACCUGCGAGUAUAACCAAGAUGUAUGUUUGACUGAAAUCAAGUGGGGCAGUACACCUUACUGGUCUCAGGGUGCCAAGAAACAGUACUAUGUAUCAAAAAGAUGUUCUAAUAAGACAGAAUGUGCGACUAUCAGACACCAAAACAUGCCACUAUGUACUCACAUUUGGUAUCAAGACUGGGUGUGUUCUGAUUGUUGCCAGGGUGAUCGCUGUAAUUAUUACAUUAUUAGUGGCAGUUCAUCACUGAAACCCCUACUUUUAAUAUUAGGUGGAACAAUUCUAUUUCAGUUUGUAGUAUAGAUAAUGUCAAUAUGAACUAUGCAUGUAAAUCUUAUUUAAUGUUGUUAGGAUUUGCAAUUUUUUGGGAAAAAGCAAAUAGAUUACUAUUUGCACUUGACUUGAUUAUUACUGGCAACAGUACAUCAUUGCAUGUUAGGUUUUAUUUACGAUGUAGCUUUAAGUAACAAGAAUACUUUUUCAUAUGCUUACCUAAGCUUAAGAUUCCGUCCAUUUAGAUUUAAAGACUAAUUUUAUACAGAGUUAAUAAAUAUGAUAAGAGAGUAUCUUGAGAAAUGACAAAAAAAAAUUCUAUUCCACUUCAUACCAUUAUUAUGCAUAUUGAUAAUGAAAUUGACUGAUUUUGGUAUUAAGGUAUGUAAUAGUGUUAACAACUUUUAACCAAUAAAACUUAUCUUAUUUUUCCUGAGAUAUUUGAAUCUGCCAGCUCAGUUGCCCCUCCCUAGUAUUUUAAGCAUUUUUGUUUAGUUUAAUAUGUAAAAUGCAUUGUAGUCCUUUUGUACAAAAUGUAUGUCUUCUCUCACGAGAUGGAAGAUAUUUCCAUUGAACUAAGUAGCACCAUUACUAAAAUUUCUUUAAUAUAAUGCUUCUGUAUGUUUGUUUCUGUUUAUUGCAUAUUUAUUUAAGACAUUGGUAUAAAUUGUAACAAAUUGAUUAUUGUUAAAUAUUCCUUUUAUUUGAUUUGUAUAAUUAGGUAUAUUACGAAAAUAUAAUUACAUUUAGAAAAUUAUAUACCGUGUUUAUUAAGAACAUAUUUAUUUCUUUUUUGAUCUGACAAAACUUUUAAGAACUUGUUUAUUUUUUCAUAAAGUGUGAAACAAUAAAAAAAAUAUAAGUAUUUCUAGGUACAUACCUACCUAGGUAUUGUCACACAGUAAUAAUAACAAUUCAUUGUACCUAUCAAAGUGAUAUUGAUCUGUUUUGUAUUUUUGUAUAAGUACGGAGUAACAUAAAUUGGGUUAAUUA